AUGCCGCGUCCUUCAAGAACAAUUAUUAAAAAAAGUGUAUUACAAUUUACACAAGAGGAGAGGGACUUGGGAAAAAAAACAGAAGUUAAAAAAACUUCAAAAAACACAAGUCGUAUAAAUGAUGAUAAGCCAAUCUUUAAAUUAAAACUGCCAAAGGAAUUAGUAAAAGACCUUGGAAAAUCUUCGGAAGGAUUACUGAAUAUUUAUUCUCCAAUUCAAUCCUCAAUCAGACCUACUAUUGAAAUUUUAUCUUCCGAUGAUGAAUAUUUAACAUAUGACGAUCAUUCAUCACCUACAGAAAUGGGACGUAAAAGAUCUCCAUCUCCUAUUAGAACUUUGUCAUCAAUGGAAGACAAUGGAGAAAUUAGCUCGUUAGUAAUAUCACGGAACCUGUCUCAAGGGAAUACUCAGAAAGAUAAAAAAGAGAGUAGUGAUGAUGAAUUUGGGUUUGCGAAAGCUGAAAAAAAGAUAAUGAAAAAAAAUGGUACCAAUAAUCAAAAAAUUUCGAAUAAUUACGAAAAAUCUGAUCAAGUUAUCAUAAUUGAAAACGAGAACUUUCAAAGCCAUAUAAUCAAAAGCAUUUCACUUAUUAAAGAAACUGAUGGUCAAAAUUAUAGUGACACUGAUGAUUAUGAUGACUUUCUUCUGGAACCCGGAAUUGAAAAUCAAAAUGAGGCUCAACGAAAACAGAAUAACGAAGAAUCUAAUAUUGACAAUGUCGAUAAAAAUCAUAGUCAACCGAACCUUGAUGAGGAUCAUCUUUCAGCAGAAAAUGAUAAAAUAUCUGUGAACCUUUCAUCUAUAAAAAUUCAAAAACCGCCUACAAAUAUUACAAAAACUGUUGAUUUAAUAGCUUCCAUUUUACCACCUCGCCGUCGCAUCAAACGCGAUAAUGAAAAAGUAUUAGAUCAUAAAAAAAAAGAACCUUCGCAAACAAUACGAAAAAGAAAAAUACACAGUGAAUAUAAAACUAGAAAGGUUAAGAAAGAAACUCACAGUCUGGAAUCGAUUGAUGAUGAUAAUAAGGAAAAAGAAGCUCGCGCAAUACGUAUCCUACACUUUGAAGAGAUCGAUAAGGUUGUAUUGCCAAUCGAGUAA